GUGCGACAAAAUGCGAGCCUCAGUGGUCGUUGCGCGCCUGACAGCUACGGCCCUCCAUCUUUCUCUUUACCCAACAACCCACACGCGCUCGUAGACAUACGGCGCGUGAACCGAUCACUCUCCCGAAACUAUUCCUUACGACUUUUUUUGCCUUAAUUAAAGAGUGUUUCUUCGUAUUUGUUUUCUACCUUAAAACUUUGUCAGAACUCUCUAUUUGGCUUAUUCUCUUCAUCUUCUUUCUCCUCUGCUUCUGUAACAUUCCGGUGGAUUCGAUCGUAUAAAACAAAAGAGAAGGUAAGAAAAUGGAUAUGGCAACGGUAACGAAAUAUCUAGAAAGAUCGGUGCAGAAUUGUUCACUGAGUAAUCGGAGAAGGAGUUUGGAAGAUGGGGUUGGCAUGAGGGACCAGAGCGAAGAAGAUCAUAUACCGAUCUCAGAUGGAACUUUGGAGCUCAAUUCUCACAUCUCUAUUCCUCCACAUUUGGAACAGUGUCUUGAUCUUAAGACAGGAGAGAUUUACUACAUAAACCGGAACAACGGAAUGAGAGUCAUGGAAGAUCCAAGGAGCAACGACAAUGCAGAUGACUUCAGUGGAGAAUCUGAUGUGACCUUGUUUUCAGAAGAAGACAGCUCGUUGUAUUAUGAGAGCGAAGAGUCUUCAUCAGAGUCAUCGAUGGAGAAUCACAAAGAAGAGGAGAAAGAGGAAGAAGUUCUUGUGGUAGCUGGUUGCAAAGUUUGUUUCAUGUAUGUCAUGGUACCCAAACUCUUAAAGGAUUGCCACAAAUGUUCAGCUCAGCUUCUCCACUUUGAUCGACCUCACUUUCCUUCUCCUUAAACCUCUUUCUUUGUUGUCUCUCUUAACAUAAGCUUUUAGUUUCCCUUUUCAUUUUCUUUGCUCUCCUUUCAUCUCAUAAAUUCUAUAUGUAUAAAGUAUUGGUCGUGUUCUGUCUGUUUCAGUCGCAUUAACACGAGGUUUGAAUUUGAUGGCAA